UCUUCGGCAAACAUAGACUUCAGUGCCUCCUUCCGUAAUUUCUUCCGUACCUUCCGUCUAUAAUUCUUCUGCUUCCGUUCCUGUAAAUACAGUUCAAAGACAAUUUCCUGGUACUUCAGGGACUGCUGCUUCUGUUUCUGCCGCCCGGACUUCAUCAGUUAUUUCCGAUUUAAUGAAUACAAAUACAUUGGGUGUCGCUUUUAACAAUAGAGCAAUUGGCGUGUCCUGUGAUGUUCUUCCGCAAACACAAACUUCCGUACCUCCUUCCGUAUCUUCUUGUGUUGUUUCUUCCGUACCCUCCGUCAAUUAUUCCUCAGUUUCCGUUCCUGCAAACUUACUUCGAGGACAAUUUUCUAGACCUUCUGUUCCAUCACAGGUAACAGACCCUUUCAUUCGUUCAAGCGUUUUAUCCCGUGAAGCUGAUGAACUAGAGAGUGAAAUUAGAGUUUUGAGAUUGAAGCAAGAAAUGUUGGCUCUUCGAAACCAAAUUGAAUCUUUAGAAAACGGUGGAAAAAAGGUUUCUACAAAUAUCAAUUAUGACGAGCUCUCUAUGAUGGUUCCGAAAUUUUCUGUUAAUGAUGGACGAAAUAUUGAAAAAUGGAUAAACUCUUUUGAAAGCUACACUAUAAAUAUGACUGACCAAGAAAAAUAUAUGUGCUUAAGAUAUUUGCUGGUUGGAACUGCGCGAGAGUUCAUGGAAAAUUCAAAUUAUAAAGAAUAUAAGGAGUUGAAGAGAUCGCUCUUAGACAUUUUCAAGAGAACGGUAACGCAAGAAGAAGUUUAUCAAAAAUUGCGUUUGCGCAAGUUGAAGCCAACAGAGCCGUGUAUUGCCUAUAUAGUAGCAAUGCAAACUAUUGCAGCAGAAGGCGAAAUCAACGAGCAAGAACUGGUUGACAUUAUAAUAGACGGAAUGGAAGAUAAAACCAACAACAUAUCCAUUCUAUACGGAUCAAACUCAUUACAAGAAUUGAUGCAUGGAAUAGAUAGAUACGAGAAACGCAGGUCAAAAACAGUCAGUACUCAUAAAGAAGGCCGUGACAAUACUAAAGGCAUACGAUGUUUCAAUUGCUCUCAAUUUGGACAUAUGAAGAACACCUGCAAUAAGCCUCGACGUCCACCGGGAUCUUGUUUCCAUUGUUUCCAAAUGGGACAUUUUUACAAGGAUUGUCCUAAAAGGAUGAAUGUUACUGCUCCCAUAUUUUGUAGUAAUGAUAUUGUAGACACAACACAAAUGCCCAAUUAGUUUGGUUAAGAUGUCUUUAUUACCGACUGGUGUGAUACGUUCGAAGAAUUUAAUACCAACUUCGUAUGUUGGAGUUGGCAAUUCCCCUUUGAAAAUAUAUGGAAAUAUUUCUUGUUUAAUAAAAUUUAAAAAAUCGUCUAAACAAAUAGAAUUACUUGUUGUUCCGAACGAGAGCAUUCAUGUUCCAAUGAUUCUUGGACGGAACUUUAUGCAUGCAUUUAAUGUAAAAUUACUUCAAGUCAAGGAAACUACGAAUGAUAUAGAAGUAUUUGAAUACACAAGAA